AUGGCUCUCCCUCGGCCAAGAGGCGAUAUUACCUUCUCCCAAGCAACAGUGAGAGAACAUCCUGCUCUUCCUACAGUGAGCACAAUAUCCAGCCCUCUCUCAGAAGCUAAGACUCUCCGUAAACGUAAGAUCUUUCAGCACCGCAGAACUCCGCCGCUUCAUUUUUCCGUGGGUGGCCGUCUCUCCUCAUGGCCUGCAUACGCCAGUGCACAAGCUAUCCUACAGAACCGCAAACCCUGCUCAACCACUGACAAAACAGGAACCAUCCUCCUUGCCAAUGAUGUUUCUUGCAGGGCCAGAGACAAGCCAUCGAUGACCAUCUCAAAGCCCCGAUACUUGGAACAGCUCGAAGAUUACCUGAGGAAAGAGUUACUUCUUCUGGACAUGACAAAGGAAAAUGCUCUGGAGCUCAAGCUCCAGCCUUACAGAGAAAUCUUUGAAUUCUUUAUAGAGGACUUCAAAACCUACAAGCCCCUGUUGUCUUCCAUAAAGAACGCAUAUGAAGUCACACUAGCUCACUUUAGGGAGAAGAUUCGGUCUCUGGAACCACUGAAAGCCAUGCUAGUCAAUGUGUCUGAAGACUGCAAUGAAAAAAUCCUGGCUAUCAGGGAAGAGGAGAGAUAUGAAAUCAAAAUGUUGAGGAAAGAGAAAAUUAACUUAUUAAAGCUCAUCGACAAAAAGAACGAAGAGAAGAUCUCUCUGCAAACUCAAGUGAGCAAGCUAAGGAAAAACUUGGCAGAGGAAUAUCUUCAUUUCCUUAAUGAACGAGAUGCCAGAAGGAUCCUUGUUGCUGAUCUUAAUGAGCUUCGAUAUCAGCGGGAGGACAUGUCUCUUGCCCAGGCUCCAGAGGUGUGGGGAGAAGACCCUGUAAAGUUAACCCUGGCUUUGAAGAUGGCUCGUCAAGACCUCACCAGAACUCAGAAGGAACUGAACACAAUGAAAGCAAAUUUUGGUGAUGUUGUCCCCAGGAGGGACUUUGAAAUGGAGGAGAAAAGAAACAAAGCAUUAUUUGAAAUGGUGGACAACUUAAGAAAGGACUUUGAAGAGAUACGAAAGGAGUAUGACACACUGCUACAGGUUCACAUGACAAUUGUAAGGGAUAGGGAUGAAUUCUACAGUGAGCUACAGGAGAUACAACGGACCUCCACUCCCAGGCCCAACUGGUCCAAGUGUGAAGAUGUGAUUUCUGGGGGACAAGAACGCUGGAACUUUUUGUCUCAAGGGAAAAGCAGUGACCAGCUUGUUGAUGUGCUGCUAGAAGAAAUUGGUUCAGGACUUCUCCGAGAAAGGGAGACCUUCCAAGGCCUGGGCUCCACUGAAGACAUCCCAGAGUUCCUUCGGUCCGGAGGGCUUGUCCAAAACAAAAAACUAAGCAAAAAAGAAGUGGUGGACAUUAUCAAAGAUGUCUGGAAAGAGCGGAUGGCUGAAGACCAGAAAGAGAAGACAUCCACCUUGGGCCAGUUUUUCCUCGACUACCUAAAAAAACGUUUUGGGGAUGCCUCUGCCAUGGACUGGUCCUACACAAUUUUUGAAAAUGCCAAACUCUUUCACUCCAGUGAGGUCAUGAAGCAGUUCCAUGAUGUCCUCGCAGGAAGGAUGGAAGAAAAUGUGUACCUUGGCCAAAGACAGCUCGUGUCCUAUCUGCUGAAGGAGUUGAACAACAGUGACAGCCAAAACGAAGGAAACGUCACCCUAGAUCAGUUCAGCUCAGUGCUCAAGAGUGCCUUCCCUCUCAAGACAGAUGAACAGAUUCAGGAGUUGCUGGAGGUGGCUAAGGUCCAGUUAGAGGGCAUCCCCCAUGAUGUUGUUCACUACCGACUUUUGUUUAUUGAGGAUGAAUUGGGUGCCUCAGGGUCCUUCAUUCAUAAACUGUGGGACCAGGCCCAAAAUGAGAAGGAGGCCUAUCUGCUGGAACUAGAGACAGAACUUGGGCCUAACAAUCUUCAAGCUCAUUACUGUUACAACACCUCAUUCCCUGCUGUUCAUAGGAAUUUCCAAAAGGGAGAUAAGAACAGCCAACUCUUCAGUCUCCUUCUCACAUCAAUUAUAUGACUUGGGAAAAUCAAAAUAAACUUUAAAAGGAAAAAAUUGGGGAUCCUGAAACACCGCUUAAGCCAGAAUGCAGGUGGUGAGGAGAAAAGAAGGAAGGAUACUUGGGUUUUUUGUGAAAAAGUCUAG